UCACAUGAUUUUGAUAGUUGGUCAGGUGCUGUAGGCGCUGGUUAAAACAUUAAAUUACUUCUUAAUUCACCUCUCUGGUUAAAGUGUUCAUUAAAAAAGGCUUUAUACAAUGCCUGUGUGCGGACCAAAAUUAUCUCUCUGCGGUUUAAUCCUGAGCGUUUGGGGCAUCGUCCAAUUAACACUCAUGGGGAUCUUUUACUACACCCAUUCAGUAGCCCUGGCUGAAGAUCUUCCACUUGGACACGACUUUGAAACCGCGGACGAUUUUUACACCGCAGCCAACACAGCUUACGCCCAAAACGCUUACAAUUGUUGGAUUGCUGCUUGUAUAUACUUGAUUACUCUUGCAGUGGCCGGACAUCAAUUUUGGAUGAAUAGCAGAUCAUCUUUAAGUGUUUAAAUGAAUGAAGUGAUUUUUUUGGUGUCACAAGUUGUUAUUUGUAAAAUUCCAAGUGUUGUAUUCCAUAAAUAAGUACAUAGAUUUAUUUAAGAUUUGUAGAUUUUGUCCUUUAACUUGAUUGUACAGAUACAAAAAUGCAUUGUAAAGUAUUCUAAUGUAAUUAAUAUGUUAUUAGAAGAUUAUAAAUAAAAAAGUAGACUUUA